AUGGAUUCUAGUAUUCGAUUUACUCUAGUUUCGUUCGGUUUUCUGGCGCUAGCUACUGCACAAUAUGGUUUCGGUGCUUGCAACCCUGGAUGCAUUGGAGAAUCUCAAUGUGUAGCAGGAGGUUGUCAAUGCAUGGCGCCGAGUCUCGUCUAUCAGCCGGUGAUUGGUUGUGUGCCUCAACCGGCUCCUUAUCUUCCCGUUGGACCAGCUCCAGUCGUUGUCCCAAGACUCAUCCCACAAGCUUUACCUGGAGCUCCUUGUGAGCCAGGAGUCGAAUGCACUGGAGGAUCAGUUUGCUCAUUGGGAAUCUGUGUAUGCCCACCAGAACUUGUGCAGGAGGGAACAGUUUGUGUAGCGAGAACAGUUUAUGGAGUGGUUCCUCCACCCAUCAUUCCUGUGCCCGUCAUGCCUUCAAUCCCUAUGGCUUUGGUGCCUGUUGGAGCUGCGUGUGCCCCAAUGAGAACCCAAUGCGUUCGAGGAGCCGCUUGUGGUUUAGCUGGAGUCUGUCAAUGCUCUACAGGGUACACUCCAACUCCACAAGGACAAUGCUUUCGAAGACGACGAGCCCGUGUCGCUGGAUUCAAGUAUCAAAAC